AUGUUGCCAAGAAAAAGUAACCUGACGAGGUUGAAUUAUUUAUACCUGGACAACAAUAACUUCACAAAGAUCUCAAGUAGCUUAUCUAUCUCUUCGGAAUUGGAAAGAUUGAAUAUUAGUACAAAUCAUUUGUCAGAGAAGCUACCUGGGUGGAUGGGAAGUAUGUCAUAUCUGAGGCAUAUUGAUAUGUCUGGAAAUCAUCUCGAAGGUCCCAUUCCAACUGAAUUUUGUCAACUAUUUAAUCUCCAUAUUUGUGACCUGUCUGAGAACAACAUUACUGGGACUAUACCUUCUUGCUUCAACCCGGAAGACACAGUGCGUGUUCAUCUGUCUAAAAAUAGGCUCCAAGGACCAUUGCCCCAUGCAUUUUACAACAGCAGCUCAUUAAGUAUCUUAGAUCUUUCAUACAACAACUUCACUAGUCACAUUCUGAACAGGAUUGGAACCCUUUCUAGUUUGAGAAUUCUUCUCUUGGAAAGUAAUCGCUUUGAGGGCGAGAUCCCCACCAAUUUUUGCGGCUUGACUAAGCUGAGCUUGAUUGAUCUUUCUUAUAACUUUUCUGGCUCUAUUCCUCCUUGUCUAAGUCGCAUCAGUGUUCACGGACCAACUCGGGUACCUAGUUUUAUAAUAAUUCCCUAUUUACAGUUCACGUUAUUCUUAGUUGACUUGAAGCAGAUGUCAAAAGGCAGACAAAACAUAUACAAUGAUUCAAAAUUUAUUUUUAUUAUAAAGGCACACGUAGAGUUCACAAUCAAAAGAAUUGCCCGCUCUUACAAGGGAAUCAAUCUAGAACUCUUCUCAGCAAUUGAUCUCUCCUGCAACAAAUUGACUGGCCACAUACCACAUGAAUUUGGAAACCAAGGCCAAAUCAAGUCGCUUAACCUGUCUCACAAUGGCCUGAGCGGGACGAUCCCAACAACUUUUUCAAAUCUGAAUAACAUAGAGAGCUUAGACCUCUCCUUCAACAACUUGAGUGGAGAAAUUCCUUCACUGCUUACUGAGCUACACUUUCUGGCCGAGUUCAAUGUGUCGUACAAUAACUUAUCUGGCAGCAUACCACGGAGUCAAAGUAUUGUCCAAUUCGAUACAUUUGAUAAUAGUAGCUACAUCGGGAAUCCACAUCUUUGUGGACCACCACUUUCAAGAACUUCUACUGCAGCCAUUGAGCCGCGGAGAAUCAUCAUGAAUUGCAGUGAAGUCGAUGGUGGCUUCAUGGACAUGGAAUCUUUCUACGUGAGCUUUUCGGUGUCCUAUAUAAUUAUGUUAUUAGGGAUUGCAGCUGUUUUUUACAUCAACCCCUACUGGAGACGGGCAUGGAUUCAUCUAGUUGAGGUGUGCUACUACUUUGUUGUGGACAAUUUUCGAAAGGUAUUUUGUCAAGGAUAUAAUUAG